AUGCCGCCAUCAUGGCCGAUCGGAAUCGUGCUGUGCCAGCCGCCAGCCGACAUUCUGGAUCCCUCUGAGAUGAAUUCUAAAGAGAUCAGGGCCAUAGAGGACGCUUGGGACAUUGGGCCUGAACUCUCGCACGGUCGGGAGACGACAGUCCAUAACCUUGCUCGGCUUCCCGACUACGUGCAAGUGCGCAAGAGGAAGUGGCUGCAAGGAAUCUUCCUGGAGGAAAAGAUGAGGCAGGCGUCCCUUAAGAAAGACGUACAUAAGGCGGAAAGGAGAUUGGUGUACAAGACCUUGAACGUGCAGGAGGGCUGUUCGAAGGAGGAGGUGCAAAAGGCCUACAGGAAGCUCUCGGCCAAGUAUCACCCGGACAAGCAAUCCGUGUCGAAGGUGCCAUCUGAGCAAGCCUUCAAGAGGUUGACGCAUCUUUACCAGAAGAUCAAGGAAGAUUUCACUGUUGAGGAGGUAGACUUUGGAGACUCCGACAGCGUCACCCGCCAGGAGACCGGUUGCACCUCUGAGACGUCGUCGAACGAUGGGCCCUCCAGCAGUCGGGACGAGGCCGAAGCAAGCUCUGAGUCGCGGCUACAGCUACAGGAACACUAUGCCGAUCUCUUAGAGGCCUGCAGGAUACUUCCUUGCAAUAUCGUCAACUUACAAGCUGAGCUACAUGCCCUUCUUUUUGCCAUCCCGGAUCUCAAUAGUGCGGGGCAUGAGAACUGCGUUUGUUUGCAGUAUCCGCACGGGAGAGCGAGACUGGAGCCAGGUUGGAGCCACGUUGAAUGUGGGCCGACCCUUGUGGAUAUGAUCUGA